AUGCCGCCCAAGAACACGGACCCCAACAAACCCAAGGGGCGCACGAGCGCCUACGCUUUCUUCAUCAAGCACCAGCGAGCGAUCUACAAAGAGCAAGGGAAGUCGCUGGACUUUAGCGCCUUCGCCAAGGACUGCUCGGACGAGUGGAAGCAUCUCGGACCCGAAUCCAAGGAGAAGUUCGGGCGGUUGGCCGCGGAGGACAAGAAGCGCUACGACCAUGAGAUGAAGGGCUACGUCCCGCCUGCUGGUGCCACCAAAGGCGGGCGCGGCCGCAAAAAGAAGGACCCAAAUGCGCCCAAAAGACCACUGUCUGCAUUCCUUUUCUUCUGUCAGGACAGACGGCCUGCGAUAAAGGCGAAGAACCCUAGCUACACGAUUGGGAAUACGGCCAAGGUUCUGGGGAAGGACUGGAAGGGAUUGGACGAGGAGAAGAGGAAGCCGUUCGAGGCGAAGGCAGAGAAAGACCGCCAACGCUACGAGCAGGAGAAGCGGGAUUAUGUACCAGCUGGCGAGGACGACGAGGAAGAGGAAGAAGAUGAUGAGUACGAGGACUAGGCUCGAUCGUCGCUCUGUAGAACUAAGUAUAUUGACGCAGAUAGUAGGAACCCUGUAUGCACACCUGUACCACCUCAUGCACUUAUCCUCCUUGAAACCUUAUUACACACCUUCUAUCUAUCUCCGUCGUGUGCAACACUAAAUUUUAAGCCAUUCUACCAAUGAGUACUUGUAUAAGCUGUGUGUAUAUCCUCAUUUUCUCUUUUCUGUAUCCCUAUGCCGGACUGUAUUCUGACCAUAUCUGGUGAUUACAAUGCCUGUAUGUAUAAUCCCCCUGUGAGACUUUUUACAGAUUCUGUAUGCAGUAAUGUAUUACAUUGUUUUAUCUUGUUGAAGGUGGCUGUUGUCGUUGUGGCGGGCCUAAGAAUA